ACAGAGUGGCUUACGAGAGUAGGCGCGUUGAGAGAUGUUGUCGGAGAGGGAGGAGGAAAAAGAGUAGACGUAGAAGCCGGAGUGUGGCUACAUAAUAUUCGAAGGUGGAAAUACGGCAUAAAUCAUGGCAUCGGGGGAUACCCUGUACAUAGAGACGGACGGCUCGGAAAUGCCCGCCGAAAUAGUGGAACUGCACGAAAUUGAAGUAGAGACAAUCGAAACAACUGUUGUUGGAGAAGACGGAGAGCACCAGCCUAUGAUCGCCUUACAGCCACUUGACACGGACGAUCCAAACUCUAUUCACCCGCACCAAGAGGUGAUUCUGGUGCAGACAAGAGAGGAGGUCGUGGGCGAGGACGACUCGGAGCUGCACACCGAUGACGGUUUUGAAGACCAAAUUCUUAUCCCGGUGCCCGCCGUGGAGGAGGACUAUAUCGAACAGACUCUCGUAACAGUUGCGGGGAAAAGCUCGUCAACAGGCCGUAUGAAGAGAGGUGGAAGUGGAAAGAAAGCGGGCAAAAAGAGCUACCUAAGUGGGGGAGAAAUCGGCAGAAAAUGGGAACAGAAACAAGUCCAGAUAAAGACUUUGGAAGGGGAGUUCUCGGUCACUAUGUGGGCAUCGGAUGACAAGAAAGACAUUGACCACGAAGAGCAAAUCACGGGUGAAAACUCUCCUCCAGACUAUUCAGAGUACAUGACCGGCAAGAAACUGCCGCCAGGGGGCAUCCCAGGCAUUGAUCUGUCAGACCCCAAACAGCUGGCAGAAUUUGCAAGAAUGAAGCCAAAGAAAGUGAAAGAAGAUGAUGCACCCCGGACUAUAGCAUGUCCACACAAAGGCUGCACGAAAAUGUUCAGGGACAACUCAGCGAUGCGGAAACACUUGCACACUCAUGGGCCUCGCGUGCACGUCUGCGCAGAGUGUGGCAAAGCCUUUGUGGAGAGUUCCAAACUGAAAAGGCAUCAACUGGUACACACAGGAGAGAAACCUUUCCAGUGCACGUUUGAGGGCUGCGGCAAGAGGUUCUCCCUGGACUUUAACUUGCGCACACACGUGCGUAUUCACACGGGGGACCGCCCGUACGUGUGCCCUUUUGACGGCUGCAACAAGAAAUUUGCUCAGUCCACCAACCUGAAGUCGCACAUCCUCACACACGCCAAAGCAAAGAACAACCAGUGAUUCAAGCAGACCUUGAAGGAGGCCCACAAUAAUGACAUACACUGGAGGACACAUGCUGCAUCUCCUAGACAGGGACAGUUGAUGUCCAGUGUGGCCUGACUGCCUGCUUGUGAGAUAACCAAUAACCCUUUGUAUCAUUUUUCAACACAAACCUUUAAAGAGACUUUUUGAUAAUGCGUCUGCAGAUGGGAACACUGACCCUUGCUACACUUGAGGCCUCCCAACUCAACCCGACUCUGGCGCUACCUGAAUUAACACUUUCUACUCGUCACCUCAUGGUUAUCUACACCUACAAUCUUAUUUAUACCUGAAUACAGUCAGAUAAAAAUGUUUUACAUUCAAAGUCAGACAUUUGCAAUGAACCUUUUUCAAUUUUGUACUUCUCCCCAAGUGUGCAUAUUGUACACUGAUUGACAUUAACGCUGUGGCAAAUCUUCAGUUUUACUCUCCUUUGUGUUUGGACGAGGGAUUGGAUUAUUUUCAUUUUGUACAACACAAUAUCAGUCAUGUAGAUAAUAGCCAUGUGAUUUUCAAUAGUGAUCAAUGAUUAAAUUUUUUUUCCCCUUGAAA